AUGGCUGUACUUGGAGGGGAGCAGUCAACACAGGCAGCUUUUUCGGAAGCCUUAUUUGUGCAGACGACGUCAUUCUGUGGACUGCAAGCACCACUACAGUUUUGCAGUUUUGUGCUUGCGUCUUGCACGCAGGCUCUCAAACAUCGUUUCUACCCAUUUGCACCGGGCGUUGCUCCAGAAGAGCUGGAGCAGCUCCUCCUGAUACAUGCAUUCGAGGAUCUCCUGGCAAAGGCACAGCCGGAACGCAGUUGGUGCUGCUCCGACAGGAUCUGGCGGGAGCAGAUCCCUUCCAGCCUACUGGGUCAAACCCUGGAGGCCGCUCUGCGCUCCGAGCCCUUCGCGGAUGCCGCAUACCUACCGCGGCAUGAUGCACUGCUCCUGGCGCUGCACCAUAGGGCGGCUCCUGGACGUGUUCUUUGGCAUGCCUGGCAAGGGGAUCUCCUUGCCGACCCACAGGACGCCAAAUGGCAGUCUUCUGUGCUGGUAACGCAUCCGACCUACAACGACUGGUCGCAGGUUCAUGGGUCUGGUUUGGUCUCCUCUUCGACGCCAAAGAAGCUCCAGGUGGUUGAAAACAUGGAUGCGCGAGACGUUGGCUACAAUGCCAUUGUAGAGAAGCUAGCGUGUCCUCCGGACGGGUCUCUGAUCCUGGUCUCACGGAUGGAGUCGGGGAUCAGGCGGAGCUUCCCCGAGCUGGGGACAGGGCCUUUGACAGACAGGUUCCCUGCGGAGGCGACGACAUCCAGGAGCAUGGCCCGGAUCUUCAAGGACAACCUUGUGUUUGGCAUGGUUGCAGACGACACUUGGAGGCAGUGGCAGCUCGGCUUUCAGCAGGCUGCAGAGGAAAAAGCAGCUGCAGCGGCAUCGGAAGAGGAGCCGCCAGCAGAGGAGGAAGCAGCGGAAGGUCCGCCCCUCCCCUUUGCUGAUUCGCAGCUGGGUGCUUUCUGGCUGGUGCUUCCGUCGAGUGCACGCGUCACGGCUCGGCCGCACCAUGAGAGUGCCAGAAAACGAGGACUGCUGGACGAGGCAGCACGGGAUGGGAUGCCGCUCCCUUCCAUGGGCAUCACCAUGACAUACACCAUGGCAGAUGGCCAAACCGUCCAGGUGUUUAGCGAUGGCUCCAUACAGAUGCUGCGUCCGGUCGAGGGGCGGCCAGUCUCUUCUCAGGAGAUGACCGGCCUCAGCUCGUAUUCGCCUGGCUGCGCAGCGGACAUGGAGGUUCUCCGGACGAUUACCCCGCGAGGAGCUCUUAUCCGGAAGCUGGCAUCAGGGCGCACGGAGGUCUACUAUGCUGACGGAACAACCUCCUUCCGCAACCCGACGCGAGAAGAACUCGAGCGCCAGCUGCAGGCCUACCAAAGCAAGCCCAGUUCAGCAAAAGAGUAUGCAGCUUGCGUGGACUUGCUGGAGCCAGCCCGAAACCCGAAACUCAGCUGGCCCCAAAGGAGCAGCGCUGCACUGGCAGCUGGUUUGCCAGGUCACUGGAUCACCCUGCAUGCGGACGGCCGUGUCUUCGGCCGCUUUGCCGACGAGCCAGUGGAGGCCCAUGUAGCCGCUAGCUAG